GUAUAGAUUAUGGUCGAAGAAAAAGAAAUGCUUUUAGGAUUCAGGUAGAAAAAGUAUUUAGCAUCAUUAGUAGUGAGAAAGAAUUUAAGAAUCUAACAGAAUUAGAAAAUGAACAUUUGGCUAAAAGAGCAAGACUGGGUGAAGAGGAUAAUGAGUAUACUGAAAGUUCUUCUGAUGAUGAUUCAAAUAUGGAAGACCACCCAGAUCCACAGUCAGCAAAUCACAUGAACAGUUCCCUGCUCUGUUUAUAUCGGAAAGGAAAUCCUGAUUGUGUUUCAACUACUUCUGAGAUGGAGCAAAGAGAACCCACUGCUUCCACACCACGGAUAACUUCCAAAACAAGCUCCAUUUCUUUGAAGACGCCUGCCGGAGAUUCUGAGAGAGGAUGGUUUAUUGACAAAACCCCAGAUGGAAAGAAAGAUAGUUUUUUCUUGGACCUAUCACAUGAGAAAAGUAAUCAUAACAAGCCAAUAACUGAGAUACAGAAUUUAAAAGAUUCUUCUCUUUUGGAGAGUGAUAAAAAAAGGAAAGGCAGGUUAAGAAGCAAAGGAAGCAAAAGGAAGAAAGAAGAUCUUCAGGAAGUAGAUGGAGAAAUUGAAGCUCUCCUGCAAAAGAAAGCCAAAGCCAGAGGGCUAGAGUUCCAGAUCUCCAGUGUGAAAUUUGAAGAUGUCGGAGGCAAUGAUACAACAUUAAAAGAACUUGACCUGCCAAUUCUAAAAGUGGCCGCUCCAGAGAUUGUGUCUGGAGUAUCUGGAGAGUCUGAGCAGAAGCUGAGAGAACUGUUUGAACAAGCUGUGUCAAAUGCACCAUGUAUCAUUUUCAUUGAUGAAAUUGAUGCUAUUACCCCCAAAAGAGAAGUUGCUUCAAAAGAUAUGGAACGAAGAAUUGUAGCCCAGCUCCUAACCUGCAUGGAUGAUCUGAAUAAUGUGGCUGCGACAGCUCGGGUCCUAGUUAUUGGAGCUACUAAUCGACCAGACUCGUUAGAUCCUGCUUUGCGACGGGCAGGAAGGUUCGACCGAGAAAUAUGCCUGGGUAUCCCAGAUGAAGUAUCCAGGGAAAGAAUACUUCAAACUUUGUGUAGGAAACUGAGACUUCCCGAAGAUUUUAAUUUCUGUCACUUAGCACACCUAACACCAGGCUUUGUUGGUGCUGAUCUGAUGGCACUCUGCCGAGAGGCAGCCAUGUGUGCAGUCAAUAGGGUCUUAAUGAAGCAACCGAAGAAAGAACCGGAGAGUGAAGGCUUACUAUCUGAAGGAGGCCAGGAGGAAAGGCUGAAAACUGAGCCCACUUCUGAAACACAGGAUGAAUUACAAAGGCUACUGGGGUUGCUAAGAGACCAAGAUCCCCUCUCAAAGGAGCAGAUGCAAGGACUAUGCAUUGAAUUGAAUGAUUUCAUUGUUGCUCUGUCUUCAGUCCAACCCUCUGCCAAAAGGGAAGGCUUUGUCACUGUCCCUAAUGUGACAUGGGCAGAUAUUGGUGCCCUGGAAGAUAUUAGAGAGGAGCUCACCAUGGCAAUAUUGGCACCAGUACGUAACCCAGAUCAGUUUAAAGCUCUAGGAUUGGUGACUCCGGCUGGAAUCCUACUUGCUGGUCCUCCUGGCUGUGGGAAAACUUUGCUGGCCAAGGCUGUGGCAAAUGAAUCUGGACUAAAUUUUAUAUCAGUCAAGGGCCCUGAAUUACUAAAUAUGUAUGUUGGGGAGAGUGAACGUGCUGUGCGACAGGUUUUUCAGCGAGCCAAGAACUCAGCACCCUGUGUGAUUUUCUUUGAUGAAAUGGAUGCUUUAUGUCCUCGAAGAUCAGACCGAGAAACAGGGGCAAGUGUCCGGGUGGUGAAUCAACUCCUUACUGAGAUGGAUGGUCUGGAAACACGACAGCAGGUUUUUAUUAUGGCAGCCACUAACAGACCAGACAUCAUUGACCCUGCAAUCCUGCGCCCAGGCCGGCUGGAUAAAACACUGUUUGUGGGUUUACCACCUCCAGCAGAUCGUCUCGCCAUCUUAAAAACUAUCACGAAAAAUGGCACCAGACCUCCACUAGAUGCUGAUGUAAAUUUGGAAGCAGUUGCUGGUGACCUUCGCUGUGAUUGCUAUACGUAA